GAGCGGUUGACCGAGACGGCCAAAGACAGCAAAGCCAUGGAUCACGCCAAAAGCCGGGGCUGGUUAGACCAGGACCAGCACUGGCGGGUCCUACGCUGGAACUCACUCCAGCAGCAUCUCGAGGUCGACGAGAGUCUCAAGCCUACCUCCACUUCCGAUCUGAUCGGCCAAAUCAUCCAAGUUCGGAAGGGUGUGACCGAGGACUCGCUGCUUCGCUUCAAGUCGCUUCGCAGGCUCAGCCCGGAUGUGAAGGCCGAUUGGAUACAGUUUCAGCUUGUGAUCAGCCUCCGCGCGGAAGUUGCACUUCACAACACUUCCCAGUUGUUUUAUCUCAACUCCACAGCCUAUGCUAUCGCAUGGACGACACUGCAGGCUAAGCUACAUGGAGCUGGAAGCAUGGAUCUGGUGCCGGCCCUCAGAAUACUCUGCAAACUUCGAUCAUCCGCGUUGCCACUUAAGCUUCUUGCCCAGUUUCCAUGGGCCACCCUCCUUCAAGGCUGGCCCCAUAUCCAUCAGCAGCAUGAUGCACCAGAGCUGGUGACACAUCUCAUGCCGAGGCUUGGGAUCACCCAUGUCGCAGGACGAUGGGAGGCCAGAUGGAGAGUGAAUCAGCAAGUGCAAGUUUUUGACCAUGGCACUCUUCUGGCGCCUAUUACUAUGGCCCUGCCACCAGGGGAAUCACUUCACCUACAGCAGGUGAUUCAACAGUGGCACUCACAGGCACGUCUACAUGCCCUUGCAAUCGCCCCGGUCUUUCUGUGUGUACAGCUGAACAGGUUUACUGGGGAUGAUGGUGAGCUCAGCCGAGACACGAGGCCACUUCAGGGUAUCGAUUGCACCAUCCGUAUCCCUGUCUUCACCGCUACCGAUACGUUGCAGAUCCGACAAGUUCCCUUCCAGGUGACAUCGGCUCAGCUGCACUUCGGGGAACGACCGACUUCUGGACACUAUCGAGCCGUCCUAAAGGGUCAAAAAGCGUUUGGAGCUUCACAGACAUGGAUUACGGAUGAUAACCAAGUGCCUCAGAGUGCCUCCAACACUCAUCCUGGUGCGAUCUAUCUGCUGGGUGUAUGA